UGUGCGUCACUGGGCGGUGCGCCCGGCCCGGCCCGUCCUGAACCGGCGCGGCCGCCGCGAUGAACAGCGUGGGCGAGGCGUGCACCGAGCUGAAGCGCGAGUACGACCAGUGCUUCAACCGCUGGUUCGCCGAGAAGUUCCUCAAGGGCGACAGCGCCGGCGACCCCUGCGGGCAGCUCUUCAAGCGCUACCAGCUCUGCGUGCAGAAAGCAAUCAAGGAAAAGGACAUACCCAUUGAGGGCCUGGAGUUCAUGGGCCCAAGUAAAGGAAAAAGUGAAAACUCCUCUUGAUGUUGGCUGUAUGGGUGGAGUCAUUAAUAGGAGCCUUUGGACUAAGCACCAUCACCAGGUGGACCAUAGCUGCCACCUGGAUAAGACCUUUGUUAACUUCUUUCUAGGAAGUGACAAACGUUCUCUGCUUUUGAAAACAGCUAAAAGAAAAAAAACGACUGGAUCACGUGGUAACUGCUGC